ACCAAACCAAUAAAGAUUUCUAGUGCAAUAGACCACCAUCCAUUUACAAAUGGAGUGAAAUUUACGUUCCAAUACUUUAAAUUCCUGGACCCAACAGACUAUGACGGAAAUCAUCACGCAAGAAUUAUUUGUGAGAUUGCGAUGGGUCAAAGUUCC